GAAAGGACCGUGGGAGGUGACCGAAGUCACCUGGGGAUGAUGAGGUGGCGACGCGCGAAAAGGAGACGAGCACGGGAGGAGGGGCUUCGAGGAUCAAGGAUGGUGAGCACGAAAGAACGUUGAGAUAGGAUUAGAGAAGAGAGAUGGAGAUGAAGCGGUAAGAAGUCGUUGGGGUUUCUGCUCAACGCUACAUUGAUGGGACGGUUGCUGGGCACUGGUCGGACUUGGUAAAGGAUGCAGAUCACACAAUGAGUCGAGGACGUCGCGCAUCAUGGACACCACUGCAGUCUACACGCAAUGCUGUCCUGGAACUGCGAGCCCUGGGUCAGUGGGGUGUGACGAAGUAAGUGCUGCUUCUCCUUCUAUCCACAGCCCGACAGCAAAGCACACAAAGUGUCCCAAACUUUGUCGACCAUCUGAGCUUGACACCUCGUGCUACCUCAUCCUACAUACAAUGGCGCGUGGCCGUCAUUUGCCGGCGUCAUUGCCGGAUAGGCCAUUCCCACAAGCCCCCGACUGCCUGUGUUGGAAACCCUUGGAAGAUCGGAAGAGCAAAGCCUUGCCGUUAUGUUCGAGAUGGAAGCCGCUCGGGGCUAUGCAUGUGGUGUCAUGUCGCACCAGCAUGCGCAACUCCUCUCGCCAGCCAGAGUGCCUGCUCCAAACUCCAGCAAUGGACACGGCGGGCAGCUUGUCACACUCCUGCGGCGAUGCUGACCAAGCCUGGCGCUCUGGCAGCUGAACGCUGAAUAUGCACUAGAUCCUGGUGUAUGCGACGAUGAGAUGGGCGUGCGACCAGCCAUACAAGGAAGGAGGGAGAGACGAUGUGCCCUGCUGCCAGGCCCAAC